AUGGGCAAGCAAAGGAGCACUCUCCGGGAGCGUCUCACACGCGCUAUCUCCGGACCACCACGCAUCCCGGUAAGCAAUCGGCCUUUCGAGGCAACAGCACAGCCGCCACCACCGAAACAACCGGGCACUCAGGGGAUCAGUCAACCGCCCACCACCAUCCGGGAGACAACGUCGCCGACGCACGAAGUACGACGACCACCGACCAUCCGCCAGUGGACCUGCUCUCGGCAGGAGCGCCUCUACGAGCCGGCUCCCGCCGACACAGCUGCUGCCCGUCAAGCCGCGCUCCUGGCCACAUUCGAAUCCACAUUGUUGGACCUCGACGACGACGAUGACGACAACAACAACGGCCACGAGGAGGCCACCGGGCGCACGACAACCCCGCCCAACCCCAUACCGGACAUCGCGUCACUGACGAUCGCGGGACCCAGCACGGUUCCGCCAGGGACGGCCCCACCAGCGCCGCCGCCGCUCUCGACGCUACCGACGCCGCCGCCAACGCCGCGACCCACACUGCCCCCGACGCCGCUGCCGACGACGCCCGCACUGCUGCCGACGCCGGGGUAUUUCACCGGACCGCCACCACCAGCGACGUCCUUGAUGACGUCACCGCCGCCCGGACCACCGAUCCCAGCGACCAUCGCUACACUAGGGGAACCCUUUCCCGAGGACGCCUUCCGGACCGUGCCGUGGGACCGCAUCCGUUCGGGGCAACGAGUGACACAUACAUAUUUAUUUAACUACAGCGAGGAGACUAAAGAAAAUGGAUUGAUUCUGGUUCUAGACGCACGUCGCAGUGCAUGGCGUGUAACUAGAUCUUGUAUUAGACUUUCUACGAAUCUUAUAGGAUCUAAAGUUAUUUCCGUAAUCGUAAUACGGCCUGAUGGUUUUUGGGAUAAACGUGUCGAUAGCUGUACUAAAUCGCAUAAAAAAGGCGAACCAAUAUACGUUACUCUAACGCGAUUGCAUGUUUACGUUGAUUUUUCUCAAUUACCAUACGAAUUAACAGGUAACAAGCCAUACAAUCACGUCGAAUGGAUUAAGAAACGUAUGAAAAUAGAAGAUUAUUCAAACGAUGCGUUAGAACUUGUAUUAAAGAUGACAGAUUUACAUCAAAAAUUGAAUUCUCUUGAUAAUAUUCGUAUCACGCAAUCAAAUGAUAUAGAAUCUUAUUGGGAGAUAGGCACAGAAUUGUUAUCAACAGCACGUCAUAUACUUCAAUCAGGUAGAAAUCUAGUGAGUUCUAUGAGUAGAGAAUCUUCUAAGGAUAUUUUGGAUACCAUUAAAGAAAUUCAUAAACUACUCGAUUCUAUUGAAAUAAAACAGAUAGACAUUGAAAAUUCAUGGGCAAAGAUGGAAAGAAAUUUGGAUAUUGCCAGAGUAAUCGAAGAUCUUGAACAAGGUGUCUCGAGUGUUACUGAUUGGAUUUUGGGUCCAGCUGACACAAUGUUGAACUCCUGUUAUCAAGUUGGUUUCGAUGUUUCUUCAUCUGAGGAACUUAGAAGACAGCAUGAAAAAAUUGAACUUCAAUGUCGGGAGACCUAUGGGCGAUAUGCAGAAUUACUUCAUAAAAUAGAUAACUUACCUAAAAAUAGAUUACCAGAAGAUCUAAAAUCUCAGAGAGAUUUCAUGAACUUUGUUUGUCGUAGCUUCGCUUCACGACUCGAAAGACGUAGAAAUGUAUUAAUAACUUCGCAAAGAUUCUUUAGACUUGUUUCUGAGUACUUUGAUAGAACGAGUGAAGUAUUCGAACAGUUAGUUAUGGGCAACAGGAAUUGCAAUUUCUCUCAAGCAAGCAUUAAGCUUUUAACUUUAGAAAGAAGUCAAACAGUUUUAGAUUGUUUAGAACGCGAGCUUGUUAAAGAAGGUGAAAAAUUGUCGGAUAUUCUUUCUAUGCCUGUAAAAGAUGCCCUUGGUCGAGAAGUCUAUAUAAAUUAUGAUGAAGAUAUUGUCAACGUAAAAGAUAUAUUGGAUGCAACAAAUGCCAGAAGAAAUAUAUUUAAUGACAGCGUGGAAUUACAAAAGUUGUCGCUAAAACAAAUAGCUUUGAUAUACAUGUACGAGAGCGAUGCUGAACAAGCCGUUAACUGGUUAUAUGAUUUAUUUAAUGUUUUACUUCGCAAUCAUAUAGAAGUUGGAUGUAAUGUAAAGGAAAUACAAUCGCAAAAAGAGGAACACCAAUCUUUCCAGGAAACAGCAAAAGGUAUUUACGAAUAUGGUGGACAAUUGGUGAAUGGAGCGCGUGUACUGAGAUUAUCUUGCAGAAUAUCUUUAGAGAGUAAUGCUAAUCUAUUUUCAAAAUUACGACAGUCUUGGCGACAGUUUCGAUUUGUUAGUCAGGAACAAUUAACCAGACUACGAGUAUGCGCUGUUUUUCACAGAAACGUUGAAGAUCAUUGUAUUGGGUUACAAAAUUUGGUGGAAACAGUGACGAUCUUAUAUCACUCUGUAAAAAAUAAAGACGUGGCGGCCAAAGCACGCGUCAAAGAGAAUAUAAAAUAUAUACUUGAUAACCGAGAGAAACUUUUAUUGGAAGUUGGUCGUAUGGUAAGAUUGGGUCGUCUUCUCAAGACGAGGUUGAAGGAACCUCUUUAUCAUCAGCCGUAAGUAUAACGAGAAAUUAUCUCGCAUUUAAACAUAAUUGUAUAGCAAUAAUAAAUUUUUUCCUAUUCUAUUAAUUUGAAGAUAUCAGGUUUAAGAUGUUAUGAAACUUAUUAUACAAUUAUACAAUUAUAAUUAGGAUGAGACACAAUUGUAAAAAAUAAAAGGUAAUAAAGUAAAUCUAUAAAAAUGUUAUAAUA